AUGUUCUUGUUCUUCUCGCGAGCGGCGUGGGCGUCAUCUGACAGAGCCGGCCGAGCUCGCGACGCGGCUGACAGGAGAAAGCUCUCGGACUUUUUGGCUGCGCUGCUUCAGUAUGUCCCUGAGAAUCCCUUCCAUUUUUGCUGGGACGGCGCGUCUGUCAGUGAGCCGGGUUGCGGCGUCAGUGGCCGCUUUCCUUUCAAGGUCCGAUGUCUUCGCGGGCGCGUGCAGCUUGAAGAUCUCUGGGCAAUGGCGACCACUAUGUCUCAGGACCCCAUGGCUGAAACCGUGGCUAGUUUCUUCCACGGGGAGGGCCGCGAAGUGUUGGUGUGCAGGUGGCUCCAAGUUCUUACUGGCGCUCUGCCGCUGCAGGGGGCCGGGGGCUGGCUUUCCAGGCAGGCUCUCAUCGGCGCCGCCGAGGCGGUGGAACGCGGGCUCUUGUUGGACCGCCCAACCCCGUCGCAGGAUCUCAUUCUGGAGGGCAGCCGCCAUUGCAUUCGCAGCGAGUUGUACCGUUAUUCCGCGGUUGCGCCUUCCGCCCGCGUUCCGGGGAUCGGAGCUGGAUCGGCGGUGCGGGGGAACGGAAGCAGGCGGAGGAGGAGGAGGAGGAGCAACCUCGAAGUCGAAACGCUGAUUCGGAGAGCCACGCGGAUUUUCUAG